AUGUACCAUUGCGCCAUCUGCUCCCGCUCUUUCGCGGCCAAAUUCGAUCUGCAGCAACACAUGCAGCAUCACCCGGACGCGGAGCCAGCACAAGUCUUCUGCGAGACGUGCAAUUGGCCCUUCGACGACUCCUUAGCGCUUGAGACUCACAAGAUCCAGAACCAGCACGGUGCGCCUCUGUUUCCCUGCGAGAACUGCUCGAGGUCGUUCCAGACCCAAGCCGGGUACAACAAACACCGCCAGUUCCCCUCACCAUGCUCGGACGCGUUCAGGAAGAAGACCCCGCCACAGGGGCACCCCGCCGGCGGGCUUCGAGUUGGGCCUAACCAGUCUGGAAGGCCUUCAGGGUAUGUCGAUCUGGACGCUGCACCGGCGCAGCAGCCGAGCGAGCUUCCGUAUGACACAUCUCCCCCACCAACCGAUAUCACCGGCGUGUUCUGCCACGGGUGCGAGAAUUCGUUCGAGAGCGAAGCUCAAUUUGGUCGGCAUUUGCUAUGGUGUCCCGCGACCCAGGCUGCGCAGUCUCAAGCAGGCUCAGCACAUGACCAUAAUAUGUCGGAGCCCUCGACCACGACGCCAACCACUGCGGUGAAGCUACCAGGGUCUCUUGCUGAAGCAUCACGGCCUAUACAACGCCAGCCGGCAGAGGGAAUGUUCAGCAGACUCCAUAACGCGCCAGCUGCACCUCCCCUUCGCCGUGAGGCCGCAUCUUCCGUCAAUGCGCCGUCCUCGAUUGGCGGUCCGGCCGAAAUAGCACAAGCGAACUUCAUCUGUGGCAAGAUCCUCCGCCUUCUGAUACAGUCCGAUAUCUCCAUUCAGGACGAUGGCAAGAUGAUCUGCGGUGGUACUGCCUGGACGCGAAUUGGCGUAGCCAAACAACCUGAGGUGAUUGGGAUGUUUGACAACCUCUGCCACCUCCCCAAGAAGCUCCAAGGCGAAUACCUGCCGCCACCCAAGGCGUUCAGGAGCGAAUACCAGGCUAAAUAUCCAGUGUCCGACUUCGAGCCAUCGCCGGAACAACUCCCGUCGAAGCCCGGUCUUGGUGUCGUCGCUAUCUCGUGCAGCAAAAUUGUUCUGGCUGACGGGCGCCUGGAAGUGGUGAAGAUCGCAGCAAUCGAUGUUAUUUCCUGCCGUAUUCUGAUGAACCAUCUUGUCUGCACGGAUCCGAAGGCCUCGGUCAAGGACUGGCGCACCAGCAUCACCGGUGUGGCCAGCUUCCAGGAUAUUGAAGCCACCCGGCAGGCAGGAUACAAGGUGCUGAAGGGCUGGCAGGCAGCUCGAGCUGCUCUGUGGAAGUUCGUCGACAAGGAGACGAUCAUCGUCGGCUACAACCUUCGGAGCGACCUCGAUGCACUGCGAAUGAUUCAUGGACGUGCCGUCGAUGUUGCGAAGUCCGUGGAGAAGGCGGCCAAUGGUCCGCUUUCGAAGCAGCAGCUGAGCCUAGAGAGCCUUUGCCGUGAUUACCCUGAGGUUCACCUCAAGGCAGACCCCGUUUACGGUUGUGAUUGCCUGCAGAACGCGUUCGCAGCUCGAGAGCUAGGGCUUUGGAUCAUCAAGAACGGCGACAAUUUGGUCAAGCGCGCCAAGCAGAAGUCUCUUGAUUAUCAGCGAGUUAUGGCGGCUUAG